UGUAUUUAUACAAGCGGAACAGUACAGUCAUAAAACGAUUGAUAAUCCAUAUCUCCGCUCGCUACUCGCAGACGCGUACAGAGUAGUGCAGUCAGCCAGAGUGAAGAGGCGUCGCCGGUUGUAUUUUAUCGUAUACGCUGUACUAUAAAUUGCACGCACAACUGCUGAGCACACUGCAGCCGGCAGCGCGAAGUUGCAGCGAGCGGGGUUGACGCGGUGGUGAGGCGACGCUCCGCUGCUCCACGACGGCACGACGGUACUACAUAGUACAUGCAGCUAUACUCGCAGUAAACACGGCUGGAUCGUGCUGUGCAGCACGCGCAACCAUUGUUCUUAGGAAGAAAUCACGGACGUGUGUUUAUAAAAUACAUCAUUACGUAUAUCUAUAUGCUUGUGAUUGUUGCGACAGUGAUCAGGAAGAGCGGAAGCUUAAGAACCGGCCUGGCUUGAUAAUACUGCUAUACUCGUUCUGUUCAUUUCUGGGUGCUGGAAUCGAAGCAGUGCCAUGACACAGUGCAUGCGCGGGUGUAUGGCACUUCCGCUUGCAGUUGCGCUGUGAGCAGUUAUUGGGCAUCUUCUCUGUGGUCUUUGCUCGCACUGGACAUAAUUGGGAUUCCUUAUCCGAUUCUCUUGAAUCUAUACAUCAUAUUACAGUAUAUUUGCCGACACUGAAACGUAGUAUUCCGAUGCUGUUACGUGUACCGCGAGCGAAAUUAAGAGGAUGGUGAUUAAAGUGUAUAUAUCGGGUAUCUCCUCCAGCAAAGAGGUGCGGAAGCACCAGCAGCGGCUGCUGAUGGUGCUGGACAGCCACAAAGUGCCCUACGAUUUAAUCGACAUCACGGCGCCCGGCAGCGAGCAGGAGAAGGACUUUUUCCUCCAGCACGCCAACAAGCACUCGCCACGGCAUCCGCCGCUGCCGCCGCAGAUCUUCAUCGACGAGCAGUUCCUCGGGGAUUACAAUGCCUUCGACGAAGCCAACGAAAUGGACAACCUCAUGGUGUUCCUGCAGUUGGAGAAGCCGAAGAAGCGGAAGGAACGCGGCGCCGCUGCGGCCACCGCCGCCGGGGAGGGCCUCAACGGAGAAGAAAAUGAAAAUGGUAAGGAAGAAAAUAAGGAGAACAUAGAGGAAGAGGAAGUAGACGACAUCUUCGCCGACCGCGACGACGACGCGCCAAAAAAGAAGCCCAAAAAAGGGGACAAGGACGAGGAGGAGAAAAAGGACGACGAGGAGGACGUCGAGGACAUCUUCGCUGACCGCGACGAGGAUGCACCCAAGAAGAAAAAGGAGGAAAAGAAGGAAGAGGAGGAAGAGGUGGACGAUAUCUUCGCCGACCGGGACGAGGACGCCCCGCGGAAGAAAUCCCAACCGCCCGCCGAGGCGGAAGGGGAGGAAACCGAGGAGAAGGAAGAGGACGAAGUCGUGGAUUUCUGGGAUGAACUGGGCAAGGCCGACGAGGCCACCGCCAAGCGGAAGGCGCUAAGGAAACGCCAGGACUCCAAGGACGUCGCCGAGGAGGAAGAGGAGCCGGUGGAAGACAUCUUCGCCGAUCGGGACGACGAUGCGCCGAAAAAGAAGAAAAAAGAGGAACCGGAAGAGGAGGUCGACGAUAUUUUCGCUGACCGGGAUGAGGACGCUCCCAAGAAGAAGAAACAGGAGGAACCCGAACCGGAAGAAGAAGUGGAAGACAUUUUUGCAAAUCGUGAUGACGACGCUCCCAAGAAAAAAAGGAAGAAAAAGAGGACGGAAGAGGAAGAAGUGGAUGAUAUUUUUGCCAACCGGGACGACGACGUCCCGAAGAAGAAAGUGCAGAAACAGGAGACGGAGGAGGAAGUGGACGAUAUCUUCGCCGAUCGGGAUGACGACGUCCCGAAGAAGAAACCCGCGCCGGAACCGGAAGCAGAAGAAGCGGAAGAUAUCUUUGCCGGGCGGGAUGACGACGCUCCCGUCAAGAAAAAGGAAGCGACACCCGAGCCGGAAGCUGAGGAAGAAGCGGAAGACAUUUUCGCGGGACGAGACGAGGAUGCGCCCAAGAAAAAGGAACCGGAAGUGGAGGAAAAAGAGGAAGAAGUGGACGACACCUUCGCCGGGCGCGAUGAGGAAGCGCCGCGGAAGAAAUCCACGGAGACGGUGGUGAAGGACGCCGAGAGGAGGAAGAGAAAAAGGAGGAAGAGGAAGAAAAGAAGGAGGAAGAGGAAGACGUGGAGGAUAUUUUCGCCGGGCGCGGCGACGAUUAAAUAAAUUUUUAUAUAGUCAAUAUAUGUGACGAAAGCGUUUGGUUAACCUUGUGUGUUUGUGAUUGCAGCAUGGAGUGACGGCGACUAACCCCCCGCGGGCGCCCGCGUCCUGCAUGACCCGUACGUUUAGCCGGUGCACCCCGCGUUAUCCACGUAACCGCCUGCCUGUCCCUGUCCCAAAUUCACUAAAAUGAUCAUGACUAACCCGAUAAUAAUAAUUCUGAUUCUGCGCCUCCGUCGCGUCGCUGCACGUCUCUUUUUGCUCCCGUUCCGUAGUCCAAAGAUGUCUAUUACUGAUUACUUCAUCGCGCGGCAGCUCUCGGGGUUUUUUCUACUUGUGAUGACGUAUUUUUGACCGGUUGAAAAAUACCACUGCAACUAACUGCAUCCGCAAAUUUAAUUACUAAUUAUAUCGAAUUUUAUUGAAUAAAUUCACAACGAAUUUAUACCGGAUU